AUGGCCUUCCAAAGGCGCCGCCAGAAGGAGCGGCGUCGGAUUCCGUGGUUCUCCACCGCGACGCUCGUCUCUGGGGCCGCGGUCGUCCUCCUCGCUCUCCUCGCAUUGGUCUCUUUCCUCGGGCCUCCGCUGAUCGAUCACCCCGCCUUUCCCAGCUCCGGUCGCCACGUCCUGAGUAGUUCCACCCCGCCGAUAUUGGUAAAGUCGUGUUGUCUUUUUCUUUGAGUUCUCGACAUUCUUCUUUUCUCUUUCAUAUAUUUUUCCCGUGGUUUACAUGCAUUUCGGUGCUUCCUGUGAGGACUUCUCAGUUCGAUGAUCACGCCGUCGGAACCGAGAGAAAAUUAUCGGGGGCGUGGACUUUCGAUGUGCCGGAUGGAUUUUCUAUCACUUUUUAACAAUUAUAAUCUGAUGUUUUUGGUGGUUUAUCUGACAGAUCAUAAAUGCUAUUUUUGCCUCUGUUCGUAUUAACAUGUUCGUAGUUUUCAACCAUAGAGUGGAGAUGACAGCUCGGAGAGCAAUCUUUGGGAAUCAAAGCUGUCCAGAAAUUACCAGGGCUGCAGCGAACCGAGCAGCGAAUUUGGUAAUGAGCGAUGAAAUCUCAUCGACUUUCUUCUCGACUUUAAUUAGAUCUUGCAUGUAUAUUCAGUUUCUUUUGGAAUUUCUAUAUCUGACGCACUUAAAUCGGUCAUUCAGCGUGUUGAUAAUGCCUCUUCCUUUAGAACUCCGGGAGUAAGAUUUUUGUGUUCUUUGAAGCAGCAGGGUCUACCACAUAUUCCAGUAGGUUCCUGAUGAUCGCAACCAAUGGAGGCUUAAACCAACAAAGAACUGGGGUACAGUUUCCGCCUCCUAUUUGGGUUUUCCAAGUUUGUUUCUUCUUCAAGAGUAUUCAUAGGAACGACUAUCGCCGGCAUUAGAAAUUUUUCUGUAGCCUGCCAAUGAUUGAGUCGCGUAAAAUUAUCAGGCCACAGUGAUGGGUCAAUAACAUUGAGCGCGAAAUACGAGACCGAAAUUCUCUUGUUAAAUUAAUGGAAAACUUCACAUUCUUUCCUUCCUUACAGAUAAUCGAUGGGGUGGUCGUAGCUCGUAUUCUGAAUGCAACGCUCGUUGUUCCUAAAUUGGACCAGACAUCCUUCUGGAAAGACUCGAGGUUUGCUUCAAACUAUUUACUCUGUUAAUUCUUCAAUUUUCACCUAUUAAAAGCCCGAACGAGAGAUCAGGACAGUAAUGCCAUUCAUACUCUCGCGUUAUGUGGGUAAAUCGCCCACAAAUUACACAACAUCCGAACAUGUGAAUUAAAGUACAGAAUAUAUCACAACAUUAGGGGAUCUAAUCAGUUUUUUGAACUACUAAUCUGAAGAACAUUGAUCCCACCUUUGCGUUCCAAUGCAGCAACUUCUCCGACAUCUUUGAUGUCAACUGGUUCAUUGAAUCGCUCUCAAAAGAUGUAAGAAUUAUAAAACAGCUCCCAAGGAAGAGUGGAAAAGCAUCUCUCUAUCCGUGGACCAUCCGUGUUCCAAAGAAGUGUACUCCGAGAUGCUAUCAGAAUCGUGUCUUACCUGCCCUUCUGAAGAAGCAUGUAAGUGCCGAGUUCUCUAGCCUGGAACUAUCUUCACUUGGGUUUUUCCUUGUCAUUUCGAUGACGGUGAAGUAUCAUCGGCAAACUGCUGAAAUGCAUGCAUCCUAGUGCCUUUUCCAAGGCAUAACCCAUCUCAGUGAUGAUUUGUCCAAAUAGGAUGAAAGGCAGAGGAGAUAUGGGAUCCCUUUGAUGCUUCAGAUAUUGAAGUACCCACACAGUUAUCCAUUGAUCAGAGAACCGAGGGAUUUUAUCUUCAUUGCAUCGUGAGAUUUUUCUUGCUCAGUGGGGCUUCAAUUCCAAUCCCAUCAGACUGCAAAACUUUACCUCAUUGUUCUCCUGCCCUGUUUUUAGCGAUGGAUAUACCUCUGAGAAGGCUGCCUAGUUGUCCAGAGUCGGCAUCAAAUCAUUUAUUUAUUAUGUUUCAUAACUUUCACCCCAUUCAGCAUCCCUUUGAAUCUAGUGGAUGAAUGACUCGACGCCUCUUUGUGUUGAUUUUGUGGCUCAAAUUUAGGCAAACAAUGCGUAUAAUAAUCUGUUAUCUCCUCUGUUUCCUUUAAUGCUCUGUCAAAAUACAGUCAAUCGCUUCCCAUUUCUUCUGGCAAAAACCAACUGGGAUCUUCUAGUUCUUGGCUCAUGGCGUUCGUAUUUUACAUUUUUCACCAGUUUCUUGUUUUUUUUUAUGUACAACUCGAUCGAAUUACGAGUUUUUCUUUUUACUUUAAAAGAAUAGCAUUAAAUGCUUUAUUUCGAUGGUCUGAUUUCAUCCUCAAUUUCCAGGUCGUCCAGAUCAAGAAAUUUGACUACAGCCUUGCAAACAAGUUGGAAAAGGAUCUGCAGAAGCUUAGAUGCCGGGUGAACUAUCACGCAUUGAAGUUCACGGGUCCUAUACUCGAAAUGGGCAACAGACUAAUCGAGAGGAUGAAGAUGAAGAGCAAGAACUUCAUUGCCCUCCAUCUGAGGUACACGUCUGCGGGGCCCUUUGAUGCCGCUCACGUUGACUAAACCUAUACUAAUAUUAUUGUUAUUAUAUUAGUAUAAGAAAUAUAGUAUAUAAUAUACAUAAAUCAAUCAUUUUUAUUUUCAAUCCUUUUUGUAUAUAUAUAUAUUUUUUAUUCUGAUUUAUUUUUUUUUCUUUUUUUUGGGUCCCCUGGUGACAGAUUUGAGGCUGACAUGCUUGCCUUCUCUGGGUGCUACUACGGGGGAGGAGAGAAGGAAAUCAGAGAACUGGGUGCAAUUAGGAAGAGGUGGAAGACUCUGCAUGUAAGAUGGGUUGACCCCUGACCAGGUUCUUUUUUUUUAAUUAUUAUUAUUAUUUAUUUAUUUUAAAGGAGCAUUCUGUAGCAGCAGCCGGCAUGUUUCUUCUUUGUGAAUAUGACAGACCAGCAACCCCGAAAAGGAAAGAAGGCACGGGAAAUGCCCGUUGACUCCCGAGGAAGUCGGUCUCAUGCUGCGGGCGCUGGGCUAUGGGAGCGACGUCCACCUGUACGUGGCAUCCGGGGAAGUUUACGGAGGGGAAGAGACGUUGACCCCCCUGAAGGCCCUCUUCCCCAAUCUCCACUCCAAGGAGUCACUCGCCAGCCGGGAGGAACUCGCCCCCUUCUCCCCCUUCUCUUCCCAGAUGGCCGCUCUCGACUUCAUCGUCUGCGACGGAAGCGACGCCUUCGUCGCCAACAACAACGGUAACAUGGCCAAAAUCUUAGCCGGUCGAAGGUACUCUCUCUCUCUCUCGAUCUCUAUCUCUCUCUCUCUCUCUCUCUCUCUCUCUCUCUCUCUCUCUCUCUCUCUCUCUCUCUCUCUCUCUCUCUCUCUCUCUCUCUCUCUCUCUUUCUCUCUCGAUCUCUAUCUCUAUUCUAUCUCUCUGUGUUGCUUGCUGUUUACGGAAACUGGUUGUGAUCUUCAGGAGGUAUUUUGGGCACAAGACGACGAUACGACCGAACGCGAAGAAACUGUACUCGGUGUUCCAGAGCAGGGGGAACAUAACCUGGGAAGAGUUCGCCUCGAAGGUCCGCAGCCAUCAGAGGGGCUUCAUGGGGGAGCCUAACGAGGUGAGGCCCGGCCGCGGCGAGUUCCACGAGAACCCCUCUCCCUGCAUCUGUGAAAUCUCCGGGGUUCUUCAGGACGAGGACGAUGACGAUCCCGAGGAUGCCAGAAUGCAUUCUCGGAAUCGACUUUUGGCGCGUAACUAA